GGUCACACUGGGAUAAACAAAUUGUCCAACCCGCCAGCGACUCGCGCUUCCCACAAUAACUGCAGGAAUUACCUAUAAAUAUCUGCUCGGCUAUUUGUGAUUACAUAGUUUCCCUCCUGGAGAGCGAGAUUAUCGAAUAGGGGCCGCAACACUGGAACCAAAAGUGCAAUAACUUGUUUAUGUUUACAUAAGAACUAAGCAGAAACUGCAAGAACAACAACCACUAUGCCCAACCAGCUACAAGAAGGUAUCCUUGUGGGAUGUGGCAACCCGCUGCUGGACAUCUCCGCCAUAGUGCCGAUGGAUUUCCUCCACAAAUACUCGAUGAACGAGGACGAUGCGAUCCUGGCUGAGGACCGACACAUGCCCAUCUACGGCGAGCUGAUCGAGAGCUUCCAAGCCGAUUUCCUUGCUGGUGGAUCCGUGCAAAACUCACUGCGCAUCGCCCAGUGGAUACUUAAGCAACCCAAGGUGGCCGUUUUCUUUGGCUGCGUCGGCAAGGAUCGCUAUGCAGAGAUUCUCGAGGAGAAGGCGCGUGCCGCCGGUCUGAAUGUUCACUAUCAGGUGAAGGAGGAUGUUCCCACGGGCACCUGCGCCGUUCUCAUUACCGGAACGCAUCGAUCGCUAUGCGCGAAUCUGGCGGCGGCCAAUCACUUUACCAUCGACCAUCUGGAGGAGCCCUUGAACAAGGCGGUGGUAGAGAAUGCGCAGUACUACUACAUUUCGGGCUUUUUCCUCACCGUCAACCCGCCGAGUAUCAUGCAGGUGGCAAAAACAGCGCACACGAAAAACCGACCGUUCCUAAUGAACCUCAGCGCACCAUUCAUAUCGCAAUACUACAUGGCACCGCUGCUGGCCGUCCUGCCGUACGUGGACAUCAUCUUCGGCAACGAGGCGGAGGCGCAAGCCUUCGCCGAGGCCCAAAGCUGGCCGAGUGGGGAUCUGCGAGAGAUUGGCAAGCGGCUGGUGGCGUUCGAUAAGCUGAAUACCUCAAAGCCUCGAAUUGCCAUUCUCACGCAGGGCUGCGAUCCCGUGCUGCUCUUCCAGCAGGACUCGGUGCAGGAGUUCCCGGUCACGCGAUUGUCGGAGCAUGAGAUUGUCGAUACCAAUGGCGCUGGGGAUGCAUUUGUUGGUGGUUUUCUGGCGCAAUUCGUACAGGGCAAAUCCCUGGAUGUGUGCAUCCGAUGUGGAAAUUAUGCGGCUGGACAUAUUAUCAAGAAUCCAGGAUGCACAUACGCUGGAGAACCGGAGUUUGUCGAGUAAUCUAGGGUCCUACAAAUGCUACAGAAACCUUAUAGCCCGGAAAUAGAACGCAAGAGGCAGGCAAAGCGCAGAAAGAUUUUGCAAUUGUUAAUUAAGUAAUGAGAGUGACUAAGACAUUUUGUUAAAACUGAUAAUUGUUUGUACAUAUAAUCCACACACACAUACACACACACACUCACACACAGGCACAUGAAACAAAAGGAAUCACACACAAGCAUACACAUGUGGCGAGAGUGAGGCUUGUGUCUUAAUAGAUAGAGCAAUAUUCGAAUUUAAAUUGAUAAUAAAACAAGAAUGACACAGGCGAGAAAAAUAAACAAGUCAACCGUUUGCACAACUUGAAA